AUGACAACAGCCCAUCGCCCAACCUUCGACCCAGCGCGCGGCAAAGAAGCUGCCCGCGGCGAAGCCUACCACCAACGCCUGCUCCCCGCGCACAAGACGCUCAAAUUCCGGCAACAGACGCAAGGAACCGCAGACGAGCAGGCGAAGCGCGACCUCAAAGCCGAGCUACUGAGGGCAGAGCGCGCACACUUUGCUAAGGUUGAGGGCAAGGCAUUACCGGAGGAUGAAGACGAGGACGAGCGGGAAGUGAAGGGCGCGAUUGAGGCACCUGACAGCGCGAAGAGGAAGAUUGGCGAUGUGGAGGCAGCAGAGGGUGGAGGGGAGAAGCAAGAGGACUAUGAGGCCAAAAAGCGACGAGUGCUAGAAGAGACCAAAGACAUCGACGCCUCCUCCUCCGGCUCCGAAGCAGACUCGGACUCCGAAUCAGAAUCAGAGAGUGAAGACGAGUCCGCCGAACUCAUGCGCGAGCUCGCAAAGAUCAAGGCCGAGCGCGCCGCCGCCGCCGCAGCUGCCGCGGAGAAAGAAGCGGCGAAGGAGGCAGAGCAGAGGGAGAAGGAUAUCGCGCUGGGCAAUCCGCUGUUGAAUAAGGCGGAGUAUGGGGUGAAGAGGCGGUGGGAUGACGAUGUGGUGUUUAAGAACCAGGCGCGGGGGACGGAGGAGCGGGGCAAGGAGAAGAGGUUUGUGAAUGAUUUGUUGAGGAGUGAUUUCCAUCGGCGGUUUAUGGAUAAGUACGUGCGGUGA